GACGCGCGUCGGAUGCAGAACAGGCGGCACUAGUCUUGCGGUCCGCGCCUCACGCGAGGGGACAGCAGCGCCGGCACCGCAGCCGCCACUGUGCGCAGUGCUACCACCAUAACGGACGCCCCUGUCGCUGCGCUCCCGUGACAACCCCGCGCAGGUGCAAACGCGGAUGUAGAGCGAGUCACUCAGUGGAAACGGGCAGUCGAGUUUACCGUCCGCUACUACAGCGAAAGGCAUCAGGACGUGAGGUAGAGGUCCAGACUCGCCGCGAACCUUCCGUCGCGUUUCCCGCAAUUUCUUCUAUAUUUCAGCAUCACUUGUUGCUUUGUAUACGGAACUGCCACUCCAGCGACGUCCGAUUUUGGCACAGUGUCCGAAGUUUAACGUGUGUUCUGUAUUUUCUUAUUUUGCUCGGUAGCGAACUCGCGUUUCAUGCUAAACGACUGAGCGACUCCGACACAAUACCGGCAUAGUGAUUCUUUUUUUCCGGUUCUGCAAUUCCUCUGUUGCUUCAGAAACACUUGUUGCUUUGCAUACAGGAGUGCUGUCUCAGCAACAAUACCCAAAUAUCGGCAAAUUGUCUCCAUCUUCGCACGAUUCUUCUGCGAUAGUUACCGAAUGUUUUUCAGUCAUUCACUCCUUCUUGCCGUUACAUACAAGGAUACCUCAAGAAAAAAAUGAAAAAUAACUUGAAUAUUGGGAUACAGACUAUCCUAAAAGGACCUUGCAGUAUUUUCAUAGUUUCACAUAUGUUCGCAAAAUAGCUUACAGAGUAUGUGUCUUGAGUUUCCAGCAAAGCUGCUGAUACACCUUUACGAGAGUAAAUUAUUCGCUUAUAAGUAACUCACACAGCACCUCAGAACUGUCGGUUGAUGCGAACCUAGUGCUAAGGCUUGGUUACCUCGAAGCCCUGCCCGAGUGUCUUUGUUUGAUGUUCACCACCAGUGCAGUGGAGCAACACCAGUGACUUCCUUAAAGCGGCAGUUGAAAUGAAGGGGAGACGAGCCUGGAGUUUCCUGCUGUGGGCCACGGUCAUCGGGGUCGCCACAGACGGCGGGCAGUGCCUGAGCGACAUCAGCGUGCUGGUGGAGCCGGCGGUGGCGGCGAGCGGCGGCAGCGCGCUCGUGCUCUGCCUCUACCAGCUGGAGGGCGACGCGCUCUACCAGGCGCAGUUCUACCGCGGCAACCGCGAGAUCUUCCGCUGCCUCGCCAACGGCGUCUGCAAGAUACUCCCGCUCUCCGGCAUCGUCAUCGACAUGACGCACUCAAACGCUACCCAGUUGCGGCUGCUGGAUGUUCAGCGAGAGGUUUCCGGAAAGUUCACUUGCGAGGUCACCGUCGAGAGUUCAAGGAAGCCCUUCUCUACGAAAAGGGGCCACGCAACUUUGCAGGUCGUCGUGCCGCCCCAGGGCCCGCUCAGCCUGGAGGUGGAGAGCGUGUCGCGGUACAGACCCGGAGACCUGCUGAGGGCCGAGUGCGAGGCGCCGCCCUCCGACCCUCCCGUCGAGAUGCUCUACCUGCUCAACGACUUCCCGGUGAACUCGUCGCUGACGCAGCGCCACAACGACAGCAACCGGCUGAGUCUGCGCGUCCGCCUGCAGCGGAGCAGCUUCACGGCGCGCGGCGAGCUCUCCCUGAAGUGCGUGGCCUUCCUGUCCUCCGUGUACCGCCGCGUCGCCGAGAGGGACAUCGGCGCCACGCCGCAGCCCUACCCGCAGAAAGUAACAUCUGGAUGCGCCGGAAGAUACUCGGCUCAAGGCUUUUGUUUCCUCCGCGGUCGGGCGUCGACGUGCUGGUUUCUGGCGCUGGCGACGCUGCCGCUGCUGCUCGCCCCGGCGAGGUAGCCUCGGCGUGCAGUGUGUGUGUGUACCGCACGGCGCUACGUCUCGAAACUUCGCAACGUGGGAAUGUGCCGAGACAGAUGGGGACUAGAAAACCGCCACCCUGCGUGAUAUCCCGAUGAAAGACUCUACGCAUCUGUUGAUACACAAUGAAUACUUUCUGUACAAAAAUAAGUGUGUUAACUGCUCCACCACAAAUAAUUAGAGCAAACAUGAAGGUCACAACUAUGAUAUUCCGGUAGAACACGCAACUUAUAUAUGUGACGCGUCGCUAAUUCCUGUGUAGCUGACAUCUAUGUGAAAUGAAGGUAUUAAAUUGUAUUCAUGUUUUAUCUGUGAGGCUAUCCACGAACAAAUCCGACGAGAAAUCGAGUUCACAUGGAUAAAAUUUUGUUAAUUGACUCAUAACCUACAAUUUUUGUUUGAAUAUUAGAAAUUAAGUUAAUUUGCGUUUGGUCAAUCACUAGAAACGUCAGCCAUAAUUCUGUGUUUUUUGUACAGAAAGAAAAUUUAACUCUGAAUAAAGAAACGUGAGUUUCUUUUUCCCAUCCAUCUCAUGUAGCUACAGCUACGAGAGAAGCCUCUCACCCUCAAACGCUACAGCAAGUAUAGUUUUCGGAAAUUUGCUUAUACCAUGAACGCUUUAUCACGAGUCUGUGUGAAUAUCGUGAAGAAGAUCAACUCACUGUCACCACUUCGCUGCCGAGAAAUACAUAGAGCUGUAUUUACUGAUCAGAACUGGUUUAGAUUGUUAAUGAUCAUACAUUUUUCAGAUGCAAGACACUGCCUACUAAGGUUUCGCUCCACGUUUACCUACAAGCGGAAAUUGUGAUUUAUGCAGUAACUUUUCGUUGGCCCCACCACAUCGCCACUCCUUGUGACGGUGUCAAUAGCUUUGUAUUAAUGUCAGACGUGAUAAAGUGAAUAACAGUUAUGGACGUGAGCGACUAUUUAUGACGAGAAUCUAAUGAAGUAGUAGCGGAAUCUAGCAAUGGAAAUAUCGCUUUGUUUUUACGAGAGACGCCAUGUUUCUUUGCAGAAUACCUUCUUGUUAAAGACUGUGCUGCACUUGCAUAAUUAUAACGACCAACCGGAGCAAUUUCCUUUAUUCCUUGCUAAUAAAAUUAGUACAGUUGUCCUUUUGCAGAAUUCGUUACACGAAAAUGUGAAACGGCAAGUUAUUUAAUUUCGUCACACUUUGAAAAGAAACGGUAAUAGCUACAUACUCCGUUACAAUACCCAGUCUGUGAGAACCUGCAGCCGUAGAUGUCAUACUCCUUCAUUGUAUUUAAGACCUCUCAUUGGACCGCGUAUUUAUCUUUUCGUCUGAUAUAGCGCACUCCACGUGACUACUUUCUUGACUACUUCUCACGAUGUUGAAACACAAAAGUCUGACGUAUGUUUCUUUACAACGGAAGACUUUGCAAAAUGCGUGCGAUGCUUUUGAUGGCCGUGUCAAAUGGGUAUCUGUGAAGGUAAUAAUGAACAAAGUGUUCGGAGGACGUUCCUCUACACUUCUUCGUUGCUUAGCUGGUGACGAAAUGAGACAGACUAUUACAGAUUUGAGGUCGUGAAAUCGUGAUGACAGCCCAACCAGGUGCUAUAGUAUUUGACAAGAGGUAUAUGUGACGAAUUGCCAAUAGAUGAAGUUAGUUCGGCUGCGUAGGUUAGAAACUUGGGUAAUGGAUCACUAUGAAUUGUCCUACAAGUUCUGCUGCUCAUAAAGAUCGCAUGUCAUGAAAGCUGCUAAAUCACCACUGUGACAGUCAGGAGCCGGAAGCAUGUGAAACAUGAUUGCUAAUGCCUUCGCCGAAAGGUAGUAACUGCAACUUAUCGCCAACUCUCGUCCUUGCGGAAGAAUUUUCAGAAAGCCACUUCAUUAGGGAAUAACAUAGCACAGAUAUUUACAGCAGUAUUCCAUUCAAGAGUAUCUUCUUUAUAUCUCCCAUCCAAUUUGUAGCGUUAUAUUGAGCACUGCGAGACGAAUGGAGGAAUGUAGAUGUUUGGUAAACUGAGAAGAUGAAUCAUGUACUUAGAUGAACUUACAUGAAGCGUGACUUCGUUUUCAGUGAAUGUCGCAGGAAUUCAUUCAGGCGCACUGACUUCACGGAACGCAUAGAGUUUAGGAAGACUCAGAGAAACUCUGCACUUGUAUUAACCAUACAGAAAAGGGUUCACUGGUUGAGGUGUCAGGUGUCUUUCACCAGAAACGCUUUAUAGAGUUGCUGAUCAAUUAGCGUGUGGCGAUUUCCUCCCGUUAAAGAUCAUAACGCUACCUACCCUUUGUUGGAAGGCGGCACUUUCCAAGUGCACACGCUGAAAACUGCAACUGACUUCGGUCUGAAGAAAUUUCAGAACUUAUUACGCAUUUAGAAUGAGACAGUAACAUACCAGGGAUUGAUAUUCUAUUCGAUCGCAGAGAAAACCGCGACAAACAUCGGACGGACGUUCGCAGUAAUUUUGUCAAGAUAUUUAGAUAUCAUUGUAUCUCACCUAAAAAAUGUUAUUUCUGUGUCGCGCCAAGGGGUGCUGAUAAGAAAACUCUUAUCUGCUACCAGUUUCCACAGGCAAUAUGCCCCUUACAAUCGAAUAGCUGUGCACUCUAUACCUCGUCGGGCAGCUAGUGUGCUCUGAUGACCUGCACGGUGAUCUUGCAUACCUUGUAGACAUAUUAUACCUGUCGAAAGGACAUCGACUUUCCAUCGCUCUAGACCCGUUUUCUAUUAAGUGACCAUUGCGAUACAACCACUAACUAGUGUGCAUUAUCCACCAUGUCAGAUCCAACUAGGAAUAGUCUAAUGAAGGAAGUGUCAAAAAGACCAGCAGUGAACUAACUCAGUGGUACUUAAAUGUCGCUUCAGUACACGAGUAUUUACGUAAUAAAUAAAUAAAUAAAAUAAUAAUUACUUAGAGCCCCCUGUAUCGUUGUGUCAUGGGUUAUAAGAUAAAGUACACGAAGAAAAUGAGAGCUACGUAAACGAUAUUUUUUUAAGUUUUGAUAUAUAUAUUUGUGUCCGUGUGAGUGUGGAAUCAUGUACAAGUAGAUUCGAUGAAUGUAUUUCUAGUACUUGACGGUAGAACUAAGAAUAUUGUCACACGAAGGGGUAGGUGGAACGGGUAGAUACAGAACUCCAACCUCAAUAAUAGAAACGCCCUCAUGCUUGAUGUAAGGCGAAGAAGAAAAAGAGUAAUAAACUUAAUUAGACCAGAAUUCUUGAAUAACACGGUAGAAAUGCUGGCUGCAUUUUGUUUGACAAUAUGGCCAUUAUUUCAUAUGAAUAAUUUCAAUAAAAUAAACUCCAUAUCAAAUUCACCGUACUGUAUUUUACGCCUGGUAUAUGCAGGUCAUGAGCAAUGGUAAAUAGGAGAGCGUCUUGUACAAACAGUAAUUACUUUGUUAUCAGGAAGUGACUUGAACCUGAUAAUCACAUGUGUCUACUGAAUGCCUAGUAGGAAACCAGAUUAUCAGUGCAGGAGACAAAAAUCUUUCAUCAAAUAUAUAUAGCUUCAUGUCAAAAGUAAAAACUAUGAAAACAGUUUUGUUGACCACAAUUACUAUACAUACCCGUGACUAGUCGAGGCCGAAUCCUGUCUUCAAAUACAAGCAUAAAUUUUGUAUGACAUUUUACUUUUUCUUCAUGUGGAGGAAAUUUUUGUAUGUAUUUAUUUAUAUUGAAUUUAUGUUUUUUUUUUUUUUUCCUGUGUCGCAUGAUGUCUGAGGACAAUUUGGUGGAUACAAGCACAAAAUUAAAGAUACUCCCUGUAUUCUUUUAGAAAACACUUUGUUCUAAUGAGGAACAUUUAAAACUAGAUAGCAUACCUGGGAUACUUCUCCGAAGAGGCACUUAGGGCCGGAACUCUAGUGGCUAAAGUACCCUUCAUUUGAUGAAACUGUAUGUGACUAAUUGCUCAGUUUCUCUUGUUUUACUUCUCUAUACAGUUGCGGAGUUCGCUCGCUCUCACGGGCAUAGCAGCGUAGAUAUUUUUGUCGCUUACACAGGCGAAAACAAAUUUUGCAGCUGGCCCUGGGGCAGCUUUCAAUCUGCUGAAUGCGCACAUCGCCCCAGGCAGCGCUAUCACUGGCUUCGUUUGCUCGGCUAAUGCGCUUAUAUCUAGGCGAGUAGCUCGCGGUUUUCACGCUAACCGAGUUUCUUUGCCGACGGGAAAAGCUCUGAAUCGGGUAACGCACUGUUUUCUGAGAUAACUGUCAAAACCCAGCGAUGUUGGUGCUGUAAACAGGCAAAGUGUUUUCAUAACGUGCUCCCUUGUCGUCUUUCUCCUUCUCUCCGUAUUACCGCUCACUGACAGUUGCCUCAGUGGUCGGACCAGCUAAGUUCCGCUCCUUUUAGAAUUAGUCUGCUACCGAGUGUAAGAUUUAUUUUAAUAAGCAUCUGUCUUUAUUCGUUGACAGAGGUGAAACAACGUAAGUGGAUCUGAAUUUAUAUAAUUUAAUCUCUUUAUGUGUUUCAUUAGUAAGAGUAUUUUUGCAAAGCUCUGCUAAAGUGUGGUCCUAAUUAAAAUUUUUCCGGAGGCUGUGAGAAAAGUCCUUUGAUAUAUUCGUCAUUAAAUAACAUGUCCAUAAUUAAUUAAUAAUUGUUAUUUUUUAAUCUGUGUGUGGAUCUGUGAAGAGCAUGAGAAUUUUCACUGGUAACUAUUUUUCCGGUUCACUAAACUAGUGAAUUGUUAAUGUAAGUUUUACCUACCUUUCCACCCCAUUUUUACCAAUGGCAGUCUUUUGUGCAAUAGCUUGCUGACUGAAAUUUCUCAGCAGUUCAGAAACAGUCUGGGCUAUAACUACCAGCAGUAUCUCUCUUUAGUCCAAAGAGAGAGAGACUACUAACCCCCAGAGAGCGGAUUCUUCUGCUGCCUCGGAUGACCCGCCAAUAUAAUGGAGAUGUAGUUCGUACACCUGCAUCCCCCUUUCAGUUACUGGGUUCGUUCGAUUUAGGAAGCAUUCACCUAACAUCAUGUGCUAUAACUCAAGAUCUUAAUGAAAGCCAUAGUUUUCCCUCUCUAUGCCAAAUAAUACGUAUUGUUCGAGGAUGAAACACUCUCUAAAUUAGGUGGUUGGUUCGUAAAAUAUUCCUUGGAUAACGCAAGUAAUAACAAUACGAAAACGAGGUUUUCGAUUUAUUGUUCGGUGGCUGAAGUUCCAGUUAUUCAGGUAAUAUAUGUUUUUAAUUUAUAGUAUCUCUGACCGCUUGACCCACUGAGUCUCAUAGCCAACCUGGCUAUGAGAAUUAUGUUCUCCGUUUUACGUACGACUGUAAUAAUGCAAAACUGAUUUCCUGGGAAAAAGGGUUAAUAAAGUGUAUAAAUCAGUUCAAGAAACGUUUAGUGCUUACUGGAAAUGAAAUCAUCAUAACGUUGUAAUAAUUUGAUACAAAAGUACAUGAACAGACUGUCAUGGCUUGAAAUAAUCGUUUGUAUUCCAUUGGGAAGAAUCUACGACGUGCAUUAGUUCUUCAAAUGGUAAUUUUAUACGGAAUGCGAUUAUUAUUUACCUGAGAAAUGGAAUGGUCAUACAGUUUAAUUAAUCAUAAUAAAAUACUGUUUAUACGGUUGUUUGGAAACUGCUAAUGAAUUUGUAUCAAUGAACUUUACACCAAUGUAAGUGGUGACGACGUCCUCCGUGGUGUGUAGUUUAUAACUUAGUUAGAAGGCGCUAAAUACAACCACCUACGUCGCAACACUUUAUUACGUUAGCAUGACAGCGUGUUCUUGCAGCCUUCUACUAAAUUUUCCCUAAUUUCUUACGCACUCCUACACACAAAAGAAAGCGAAUGUCAUAUAAAUAUAUUUUACAGUGUAGCUUGCUAAACCGUUUUCCUGACAAAAGUUUAUUGAAAAGAUGUAUUCUGUGGAAGGUAAUCCAUUUUACAUUACUGUGUACAUCAAAUGCGCACAAAUUUAUCAGACGAGUUUGUAUUACACUCACACUCACGUAGCUCCCCGCCAAAAUGUUUCGUUAAGCAAAGAUAAAAGAAAACACAGUUUUGUAAUUUGGAAUACUAUGCACUACUUGGAAGAAAAAGAUCGUCUGUAAUUACUAAAGUUGUAUUUUAUAACGACGUUAUACAUGUACGUACGUCAAUUGUAACAGCUUUGUGCCACGUUACUAUGUUACACACAAUGUUGUAAUUGUUUUGUAUUGUUCUCUACAUGUUUUAACAAUUCAGUAACUGUUAAAAAUGCAUAUAAUGAUUGUAUAAGGAAAUUGUAUAGUAUGAAAAACUUCAAUUA